AAUUUUUCCCCUUUGCAGCAUCAGUAGCACAGAGCCAGCCUCCGACCAGACUACGCUGUUCCUGCUUGCUCUGUGUGUGUGUGUGUUUUUUCCUAAGGUUGGGAAGCAAGAUUACGCACAAGGACAGCAAAUAAACAGAACCAAAACAAAGCGCGCCGUCUUUCACCGUGUGGACGUCCGUCUGUGUUCCGUGCAGGAGCAUCUCUGACCCGCGCUAAACGAGGACUAAACAGAGUAGGAUGUCAGCCAGAGGAGGAAAGAAGAAGGCCACCAAGCUGUCCCGUUCAGCCAGGGCGGGGGUCAUUUUCCCUGUGGGGAGGAUGAUGAGGUACCUGCGCACCGGCACGCACAAAUACCGCAUUGGCAUGGGGACCGGUCUAUCAUGGGCAGCAGUUAUCGAGACCUGGCAAGCUGAGAUCUUGGAGCGGACAGGAAAUGCAAGCCGCGGACACAAGAAAGGCAGAAUAACUCCUCGGCACAUCAAGCUGGCGUCGGCCAACGACGAGGGAGCUCACCAGCUUCUGCGGGGGUGACCAUAUCAAAUAGGGGUUCUGCCUCGGAUGCACCCAGAGCUGUCCCCAAGAAGAGCGGGAGGUCGGGUGAAGAUGGAACAGCAGGCGUCCGUCCCAGAGAAGCAGGAAGAACGCUCAAAGAGCAAUAAACCCAUCAAAUCCUUCAAAAAGGUUAAAGGCAAACGAGGUCGCCAAGCCAAAGCACAGAGCACUGAGUCGUACCCAAACUCCACAGUGAAGCAUGGUCCUGGAGAUGGAUUCACCAUCCCCCUGUCAGCAAAGGCCCUGUUCCUUGGAACCAAAAAGGUAACGCCAAAGAGUGAAUCAGCAAAAUUCAGUACAAUCAAGGUGGAGGGGAUAAUUAACCCAACAAGACCGCAGAAGAUGGAAUCGCAAAGACGGAGGGGCAACGCCUGGAGAAAGCCGGGAGGCCGAGAGUUCCAUGGAGGAGUCAAGGAGCUGCGGAAAGCACAGCCUUUGAGGGUGGAAUCAGUGGCAGUGAGCCAGGCCAGUGGGAUGGCAGCCCGCUUCAUCAUCCACUGUAACGUCCCUCAGUGGGGUUCAGAGAAGUGUGAGGACCAGCUAGAGAAGACGGUGAAGAACUGCCUCUCAGCGGCAGAGGAGAAGAAGCUCAAGUCUGUGGCUUUCCCUUCACUUCCUGCCGGACGGAACGGAUUCCCGAAGCAAACGGCCGCCCAGCUCAUCCUCAAGGCCAUCUCCAACCAUUUUGUGUCGUCCACCAGCUCCUCCCUGAAAAACAUUUACUUUGUUCUGUUCGACAGUGAGAGCAUCGGAAUAUACCUUCAGGAAAUGGCCAAGCUGGACGCCAAGUGAGGAUUCUGGUUUUAGGGUUUGUUUUUCUAACUGUUGUCCGUUGCAGCCGGUGUAGAUAGGCGAUGCGGCAGUAGGGGUUUUGAUGUGGAAUCUGUCUCGGUUAAAGAGGAAAAAAACAAUAUUUGUGAGUGGAGUGCUGUUCACGUUUCUGUUCCACUGUCCCUUCAACAGAUUGCAUUCUUUAUAGAUUAGAUCAUUUAAAUACGUACAGUUUGCCAUUAUGGUUCCUUGUUUCAAUGAUGUUUUUACAUUCCAUGUACAAAUAUAACAGUUUUUUUCCUGCCCUCUGUAGUUUCUGAUACAGUUAGUUUACUAAAAAAAACUGUGGUUCUCAUUCUGCUUUGAAAUAAAAACGGAGAUGUUUUACACCAGA